AUGAACAGAUUACCACUACAUGCUGAAGCCUAUCCUUCCUCUUUUCAUGACAAUUCUGAUUCUGCUUUUAAAUCACCUUGUGAUGAUGAUGAUGUGAGAGUUUCUAGGACGCCAUCAGCUGAUCAUUCUCUUUCUCCAGGUGCUUUAAGCUUGAAAUCCUCCAUGGUUAGGCCCUACGUUCGAUCAAAAAUGCCUCGCCUUCGAUGGACUCCUGAGCUUCACCACUGCUUUGUACGUGCAGUCCAAAGCCUUGGUGGAGAACAUCGUGCUACACCAAAGAUGGUUUUGCAGAUAAUGAAUGUGAAGGGCCUCACCAUGUCUCACGUAAAGAGCCAUCUUCAGAUGUAUAGGGGCAUGAAGCAUGAGCAGACGAUGCAAUCUUUGUGCAUGGCAGCAAAGAAGAAACAUGAGGCACCUGGGAUCCGCUAUUCAACCUAUUUCUCACAUCUGGAUUCCAUGUUUUUCAAUCAGAAUCAUAAUCAGUUGGGAGACAAGAGAUUCAAUAACAAUUUACUACCCUAUCAAGGCCAAGGAGCUCAUAAUAACCUCAGUUACAAGCUUUCACCAAGCAACACAACCCAAAGGUUUUUCCAUUUCAGUGAUAUUUAUCUGGAUGAUGAUGUUUUUGAUAAUGGAUGGAAAGAAAAUCAAGAGAUGUGGAUGGGAAAGAGGUUGCUGACGACUGACACAUUUUCACAUGAAGAAGAAACAAGCAAGAAAUGGGAGAAGAAGCCUGAAUAUCCUUGUAUCACCCUCAAGGAUAUUCUACUCAAAAGCUGCACUGCGCAAAGGAAUAAUGAGCAAGAUUUAACUCAGAUUGCACAGAGAGUAGAAGGAGACAAAAUGACUUUAUUACUAAACUCCAAAGCUUCAGAGUCAGUGUUGAAGCUGAGGAAAGCUGAGAAAUUAUGCAUGGAUGAUGUUUGUCUUGAGCUUAGUCUAGGUUAA